AUGAUCUUCUGUUUCCAACAGAUUUCAGCUCAGCUCUGCCCCAGCCAAUGCACAUGCUCCUGGGCCCCAACAAGAUGUCCUCCAGGCAUCCCACUUCUUCUGGAUGGCUGCGGAUGCUGUAAGAUUUGUGCACGUCGACUUGGAGAACCAUGUAACCAGAAAUACCUAUGUGAUCAGACCCAGGAGCUUGUCUGUGAUUAUUCUACAAGCAACGAUGGAGGAAGAAGUGGAACCUGCAACUAUAAUGAUGGUGACAGCUGUGACAUAGAUGGGAAGGUGUAUGAAGAUGGCGAGACAUUUCAGCCGAGCUGUAAACUCCAGUGUAAAUGUGAGGAUGGUGGGGUCACAUGCGUCCCCACUUUGCAGUGA